AUGUCCGUCCUCCGGGCGAAGGGGGUGCUGCUGGCAACGGGAAACCGUAAACCAGAGAAAUCGGAGUGGGCGGCUACAGAGCACACCAGCAGGGCCAUAAGCGACCUCGACGUGCCAGGCGGUGAGCUCGCCGUUGCGCAUGGCGAGCGCGGGUCACUGACUUUCUCGCCCAGAGUUCCUGAUCAGCAUUUGCCAUUUGUAUUUCCCGCGCGGGCUACCCCCAUUUCGCGACUCUAUUCCGGUCGCGGCGGCGGCAUCGAUCCGGCGAAAUUUGACCCUCAUUCGUGCCCCGAAGGAAGCGUGCAGCCGAGUAUGUAUGCCCGCGCGACUCGUGUGCCCACGGUUUUCUCUCUUCCCGUCAAAGAGCGCGACGGCCUGCACGGCGAAGACACAGACUUCGACGCGCACGAACACGACACGCGACUGAUCACCGGCCUUGUCGCGCUCGGAGAGCGCGUCUACGUCCGGAAUCCGCCCAGGAACUGGCGCACUACAGAGGCACGUAACCUGCUAGCCUUCCUCACACCCCACACCGGCAAUCUACUUCCCCCCGCGACUAUGGCGAAGAAACGGCGCUCGCUGCAGUCCCUCUUCAUUCCUAGCGACGCGUCGCACGCCCGCACGCCCAGCAAGGAGUCCGUCGCGUCCUAUUCCUCUACCGGCUCCGACUCGGCCACGCCGACCCCGAGCCAUUCACCCCCGCCUGCAGAUUUACUCGACGAUGAUCCCUUCGCCAACCUAGCAUUACCCCGCGUCUCCCCCUCUGCUCCGCCCAGCACGCCCGUCAUGGCUGCCCCCACCCCGCGCUCCCCUCUUCGCGAGACACACAACUUCUCGACGGACACGCUCAUACCAACCCUGCGCUCGCUCGCCGAGUCGCCAACUCCGCCGCCUGUGCCGCCGAAGGACGAUCUGCCGUUUACGCGACCUACCACUCCGCGUGCAUCGUCCUCGGAGGCACGGCCUGCUCUGGCGCGUCCAGCAUCUCAGAGACCCGCUUUCAAGACGCCUAUGAUUCGCAAUGGCCGCGUUGGCGCGCGUCUACCGUUAGAACCAUGGGCAGACGAGCCAGCGACGCCGAACAUCACUGCACCGCCGUCUACGCCCUCUUUGAGCAGCGUUUUCGAACUCCAAGAACCAGUGAACUCAAUCUCCGCACCGCCUACCCCAUCCACCAGCUCUAUGCCGGACUUCACCUCCUCCCUCGACUACUCCUCCCACCCCGACUACAUCUCUGCCCCCGACUACAGCUCCAACGACUCGCGCUCAAACAGCGACGAGGAGACGGAAGAGACCACGAGCAGCGAAGAGGAAGAGCUGCAGAUUGGCGAAUCUUACGCCGCCGCCGCAAACGUGUACCUGCCCUCGAACCUUGGUCUUCCGGACUUCGAAGAACCGGCGCUCUCGCGGCGCCUAUCGCGGGUUACGCAGUCCCCGUCGCGGCUGCAGCACUCCCUCUCGCGCAUGCCGUCUCUCGCCCGCUCCUCCUCCUCUUCCUCUGGCUCGUCAUCAGGCCUGCCAACCGAUGCCAGCAUCGACUUCGGCUGGGACGGAUACAUGGCCGAGGAAGAGACUAGCCCAGCACCAACUGACCUCCCUUCGUACCCGUGGGGAGGCAGGGAUCGUGACUCCUUUACGGACGCAGGCAGGGAUUCCUUUCUAGAAGGCUCGCCCAGAUCCUUUCGCGAGUCCUUUCUGAGCGAAGGGCGCGAUCCCUUUCUAGCGGACGCGCCCGACUCGUUCAGCGAGUACGCAAACUUCCUCGCUGCCGCGCGCGGGUCCAUCCUGCUCAGCAACCGUGACUCCUACCUCACCCUUCCCGCCACGCCCCACGCCUCGUUCUGCUCGUCGACGUCGCAGGACACGCUGCGUCCGCUGUCCCAGUUUCGCAUGGCGCUCGCGCGCAUCGCGGACGGGGAUGAGCCCAACAACAGCACGUCGUCCGCCGAGCCUUCUGAUGCGGGAGAGUGGGGGCAGGCUGGUGGAAGCGGGAGCGGCUCGGCACCGAUGAGCUCGUCCGCGUACGCCGCGGCGUUCGCUAGUGGGAGCGGCGCGGGCCGCUGGCGCGCGGGUGGGCAGCAGGGCGGCGGAGGGGCUGGUGGUGCGGGCGGGGAGCCGCCGCGCCGGCCGACGAACAUUUUCUCGUCGGCGAGUGAGACGGAGAGCAGCAGCAGCAGCUCGUCGAGCAGCGAAGAUGGCGAUGAUGUGCCGCUUGCUCAGCGCAUCCCUGGUGCACUGCGCGCCCAGCGGACUAUCCGGCGCAAGGUGCGCGAGGAGAGGGAGGAGCGGCGGCGAGAGCGGGCGGCGCAGAAGGCCCAACAGCACCCAGUACCUGCCAUCCCGAGCACUUCGCAGACUCAAUCAGCAAGCACGAGCGCCAACCACCGGGCGCAUCCAACUCGCGGGCAGACGAUGCCGGUCCCCGCCCAGGACCUGACCGCGCGCCUGCAGCACAUCCAGCAAGCCGGCUUCCUGCACGGCCCGCCGCCCGAGCGCGCAAAGACGGUGCGCACCGCGCGCUCGUUCACGGACGCCCACCAGGCGCACGCGCAGGUCGAACGCAGCCGGACGCACGUCGAGCGGAGCAAGAGCCAGGUGCGCAGCCGCAGCGUCGCCCCCCGCGGCGAGGGCGCCCCCGUCCAGCGUAGCAAGUCCCACGUUCGCGGCGGCGACGCGCCCGUACAGCGCAGUAAGAGCCAAGUGCGCGGCGCCCCAGAGCCCGUGUCGCCCACUGCAGAGCCUGUCCCUAUGCCCCGCGUCAGCGUCGAGCGGGGGCGUUCAGUACGCGCCGCGGGCUCCUCGGAGCUGGAUCGCGGCCGGUCGGUCCGGCGGGCCCCAGAACGGCAGGCGACGGUGCCGAUGCCGCCGAUGCCUCCGGUGCCGGCUGUCCCUGCUGCGAUAUCGGCGGUCACGGAGCAGACACGCAUCUUCGUUGGCGACCGCCAGCGAUUCCAUACUGUAGAGGUGGGCCCCGCGACACGGGCGAGCGAUGUUAUAGACGUCGUCGCCGCGGAAGGCGUUCUCGAUCAGUGGGUCGGCUCUGGCGGAUGGAUGCUGUUCGAGGUGGCGCAGGAUUUCGGCAUGGAGCGUCCUAUCCGGCCCUUCGAGCACGUCGCCGACGUUCAGGCAGGCUGGAACAAGGACAAGACCGUGAACACGCUGGUUCUGAAGCUCACGCCGUUGGAGAUCAAGUUGCGACCGUCGUCUCUGCCGCAAGCGUCUCCUGUGCAUGGCGCCUACGUCGAGUGGGAGAGCCGGCGGGGCAAAUGGACCAAGCGCUAUCUGCGACUCAAAGAACAUGGCCUAUGGAUGUCAAAGCGGGACAAUGGAAAGGAUGCUGUUCUGCUGUGCCAGCUAUCCAACUUUGAUGUCUACACCGUGACGCGGCUGUACAAGGCGCCAAAGCCCUUCGUCUUCGCGAUCAAGUCCACGGACAACCUCUCCUACUUCGAAGACACUGCCGACUACCUCCACGUCUUUUCCUGCCAGCCCUACGACGGCGAGAAAUGGGUGGAGAAGAUCAUGCUCGCGAGGGUACGUGCCGUCAUCGGUUCGCUCGGCCUGAGCUCACAAAACCCUGCAGUCCUACGUCCUUUGCCAAGAGCGCAAUGUACUCUCCUCGACGAAACCCGCUCCAGCGCCGCGCGUGCGGAAAAACACCAUCUCCCGUCCAAAUCAGCAGCCCCUCGUCAACGUCGCGCCUGCGAACGUCUUCGAGCCUGGCUCGCUAUUGCACAAGACCUGAUCGUAGCCAUCGUCUCUCUUGGGUCCCGGAACCUUAUCCACCUCGUGCUUGUUUACCCUCUUUGGAUUUUUCGUCGGGUCCGCACAGUAUUUUCUUGGUUUGAUCGUGGAUCCUGUGUCCUGCUUGAUUCUGGAUCCUUGUCCUGGCGUUUGCACUUCAUCUUCGCCCUUGCGUUGCCACCUUAUCCUUAG